AUGGAAAUUGUAGAACUCCACAAUGAACAACCAAAAGAACGUACUUCUUCUCAUUCACAUAUUAAUGGACUUGGAUUAGAUGCUAAUGGAAAUGUAAUAAAUAAUAAAUGUGGACUUGUUGGACAAGAAAAUGCACGAGAAGCACUUGGAUUAAUUGUUGAAAUGGUAAAAGCAAAACGAAUGGCUGGAAGAGGUAUUUUACUUGCAGGUGCACCAGGAACUGGUAAAACAGCAUUAGCACAAGCAUUAGCAAAAGAAUUAGGAGAACAUGUUCCAUUUAGAGCAAUGGUAGGGUCAGAAGUAUUUUCAUCAGAAAUUAAAAAAACAGAAGUAUUAAUGGAAAAUUUUAGAAGAGCAAUUGGAAUAAAAAUUACAGAAAUAAAAGAUGUAUAUAUUGGAGAAGUUAAAGAAAUUAAUCCAGAAUUUCAACCAAAUGCUGUUGGAGGAUAUGGAAAAACAGUAUGUGGAGUAAUUGUUUCAUUAAAAACAAAUAAAGAAACAAAACAAUUAAGAUUAGAUCCAGGAAUAUAUGAUAAAUUACAAAUUGAAAAAGUUACAUUAGGAGAUGUUAUUAGUAUUGAAUCAAAAUCUGGUGAUGUUAAAAGAAUGGGAAAAUGUGAUAAUUAUGCUUUAGAACAUGAUCUUGAAAAUGAUAAAUUUAUUUCACUUCCUAGUGGUGAUGUACAUCAAAAAAGAGAAGUAAUUACAUAUGUUUCAUUAUAUGAAUUAGAUGCAGCUAAUAUUAAAUCACCAAAUGGAAUUGAUUCUUUUGGAGGUAAAAAAAUUGAAAUGACAGAUAAAUUAAGAAGAGAAGUUAAUAAAAUGGUUAAUAAAUAUAUUAAUCAAGGAAUUGCUGAAUUAAUUCCUGGAGUAUUAUUUAUUGAUGAAAUUCAUAUGUUAGAUGCAGAAUGUUUUGCAUUCUUAAAUAGAGCAUUAGAAUCAACAUUAGCACCUAUUGUUGUAUUUGCUACAAAUAGAGGAUUAGUACAAGUAAGAGGAACAGAAGAUUUUGCACCUCAUGGAAUACCAUUAGAUUUAUUAGAUAGAUUAUUAGUAAUUGUAACAAAACAAUAUACUCUUCAAGAGCUCUUAAAAAUUAUUAAUAUUCGUGCAGGAAUUGAAAAUGUUGAAUUAUCUGAACAAGCAUUAUUAUCAUUAGCUGAAUUAGCAACACAAACAUCAUUAAGAUUUACUCUUCAAAUGUUAACACCAACAUCUAUAGUAGCAAAAACAAAUGGUAAUAUAGUAAUUCAAAAAGUUGAUGUUGACAUGGCAAUUUCAUUAUUUGCUGAUGCAAAAAAAUCAGCAAAUACUUUAUAA